AUGAAGAGUAAGUGUAAAAUAUUAUUUUCAGGUGGAAGAGUUGUAAUCGAGCUGUUUAAGAAUUUAGUUCCAAAAACUGCAGAGAACUUUCGAGCACUAUGCACUGGAGAGAAGGGCCUAGGUGAAAAGAAACUUCCUCUUCAUUACAAAGACACAAUUUUCUUCAAAGCUGUUCCCGAGUGUAUUGUACAAGGGGGAGACAUCAUCAACAACGAUGGUUCAGGAGGAGAGAGCAUUUACGGGCAAUACUUUGAAGAUGAAAAAGCAGGCUUAUCUCUUGAGCACUCGGAGAAGGGUGUACUCAGUAUGGCAAAGUGCAGACAGGCAGACACAAACAACUCUCAGUUCUGCGUGACGCUCGGUCAGACACCACACUUGGAUGGCUCCUACGUUGUGUUUGGUCGUAUUGUCAAGGGCUUCAAUAUCAUCAACAACAUCUCGUACCAGCCGCUCGGCCCUGGCGAGAGACCCAUCCCUGUGUGUAAGAUCUGGAACUGCGGGGAGUUAAAGCCUGGGCAGGACUGGGCUUACUGUGAUGCUGAUCUCUACCCUCCGUAUCCUGAUGACUGGGACAGAGAUCUUAACACUGUUCAGGCCAAUGAUAUUCUGGUAGCGGUGAAGAAGAUCAAGGAUGCCGGUAACCAGAUGUUGAGAGAUGGUGACUCGGUGUACGCUCACCAACAAUACAUCAAGGCCUUGCGCUACCUUGACUGGUAUGUGUUGGCUCACACAGCCGAACAGAGUGUACUGGCACAAGUCCGAGAGCAGUGCUGUCUCAACGUUGCCUUGGCGUGCAUUAAAAUAAAGCGCUAUCGGGAAGCAAUCUUCUAUUGUAAUCAGGUACCAAAUAUUGAGGGCAACGUAAAGGCACUGUUCCGGCGAGGGUUAGCAAAUAUCGGGCUCAAUGAACAUCAGGAGGCGCUGGCGGACUUGCACGCGGCGCUAGUAUUGGCUCCCCCCGACCAGAGACCGGCCAUACUGAGUGAGAUCUCACGAGUGAACCGCUUCCUCCACAGUUACCAACAGGCCGAGCGACUCCUGUGCGCUCGCAUGUUCCGCACGUGACCUUCCCACACACCUCCCAACCUUCUGUGAUAUGUUAGACUGGCUCCACACUUUUCUACUUUUAAUAUUCAGUUGCUGUAUUUUGUUGCAUAGGAAUAAUGGAAUAAUUAUUAACAUUGUAGAUACAGUACAAUGUUUCUAACUUUAUAACUGAUUUACCAGAUUUUAAGAAACUUAUCUUUUGCCAACUUCUCAAUGGGUUUUUAUAUAAUAAUUAUUGUUUGAAACCAGCUGUGAUCUCUUGAUGAUUUAGCACUCUGACCAAGAGUGCUUUUAACCACUUUCUUGAAUUCCUAGAGAAGUGAUUAAACAGAAUUUUUAUCUCCCAAUAACAUUGCAGUUGUUUGAAAAUGUAGUUGAAUAAUUAUUUGUUCAAAGUACUGCAGUUUAAGUUUUCCUACACCAUCUAUCAUGGGGAACAGCUAUCCAGAACACA